GGUGAGUCUCAUUGUAGCAGGAACCAGGUGGUGAACUGCUGUCGUGCGGAGAGUUCGAUCUGUGAACAAAAUUUCUCUUUAAUAAUUUCACCGACUCCGGCCGGCUUGUUUUUGCUCAUCCAAGUAGAUUUUAUCAAAAAAUAUGGCCCCAGUAUAUGAUUUUAGACACGUUGAGCUGGAUAAAAUAGGACGUGGGAAAAGAAUCGUGAAACCUCCUGGCGGAGAGUGCAGCGAUAUCUUUGGCGUUCAGAAUGGUGCCAGCCCCCGAGUUGAACUGAUGGUGACGCCUCGCAAAGGCAAGAACUACAUGCAGUCCAACAUCUUCAGCCCCGACAGUCCCGACUCCGGUUACCAAAAUGGACACCAGCACACACCAAGCCCCCAAAAGUCUUUGGACACACAGAAUCGACUGUUUGGACCGGACGGAGACUCUACCCCUAGGAAAGUGGUCAACAGGCAACGAUCGUCCAUCUUUGAUGAAGAUGCCAUGGAUUCCAGACCUCCUUCCGUCAAAUCAACUCCAAUUCGCAAAAAUAUGAUCAAUCCCAUAACUGGUGCACCUAUCACUGAAAAUGGCAUGUCGAAUGGAAUGUCCAAUGGAAGUACCCCUAAUGGAAGCACCCCUAAUGGAUCCACUAAUGGUUAUUCCAAUGGAAUAUCAAAUGGCCACUCCUCUCCCGAAAGUCCAAUGAACGGAAUGAACGGCCAUGCUCGUGUCCGCAACCCACCCGGUGGUAGAUCAUCAGGAAUAUUCUAGAAAGCUGUUGGAACACCUUAGCAUUCCGGAAAUAUUUUUUUUUCCUUAAUUUGAUUUUUUAAGCUCUUUUUAUUGUUAUUUUCCCCCUUUGUCUUCCAUUGAUUGGAUGAGUAAAAAAUCGUCUGGCGGAAAACUGAAUGAACUUUCUGUUUGUACCUACUUCAUUUAAUUUCAAAUAUAGAAGAUUAGAAUUUAAAAAAAAAGAUAAAAAACGAACAAUCAUUUCUAAAUAGCUUGUAGAUUAACCGUAGUACUUAAACGAUGCUCAAGCCGCAUCAAACAGUCAUUCAUACGAACAGUUAAAAGAACAACAAUGCCAAACUGAUUGUAGAAUAAAUUGUAUAAAAUAUGUUAGCAGAGAAUUAUUGCUCAAUUAUUAGAACAAUGAAUUUCCCCUUUGUUCCAUAUUUGAGAAACAUUUUGUUUUUAAAUUGAAUGAAUAUAAAAAUGACUCCAGAAUGUGCAUUUGUAACUGCAGUAUUAUAGUAAUUAUUGCUCAAACUGUUAAACUGUUGCAAUUAAUUUUGAAGUUUGGAUCAAAAUCAUUUGACUAAAAAAAUCGUAAGAAUCCUUCCGUACCGGCCUGAACUUUUUGCUUAACCUUAGACGGUCUUGAUGUGAUAUGAAGUUUACCAAAUUCAAUUUCGAAUGGCUAUGAUCGUGAAAUAGAACUAAUAUCGCAGCUGUUUGAAAUACACUUUUUGGCGGAUGGAUGUGUUCAUAGACUCGCAGCAGAUCAAAACUAUUCCACUUUUUACAUUUCCCAUUAUGGUACCGAAUCGUAUCCGUUAUUUAUUAAUGGCUGGUCCAUUAGUAAGGAAAGAAUCUAUGCAAAUAAAAUGUGUGUAUUUUUUUUCUAAUACAAAACACACCACAUACACAUCUGAACAAAUAAAUACGAUGUCCAAGUAAACUUCAAAAGCCGCCAGUGUAUUUUGUGAUACUACACUAUACAACAAGCAACUUUUCGUUUUGGUGAAGAAGCCGCAUUUUCAGUUUUGGAAGUGCUUUUACACUUUUUGAUUUUUUCUUUUUCUAUGAUAUUUUAUAUAUUGCAUAAUAUGGAAUCAUUUUUUAAAGCUAAUAUGCUUCUUGUGUUGUUUUUACAUAGCAGUUAUAUCCAUUUACAGCACUUUUCUUUUGUGUACUUUUUUAAGUUUGUAUUUUGUUUCAUAAGAGAAGAUUUGCUUUGCAGUUGUCAAGUUUUAGAUUUCUAAUGAUUGAAAACGUGUUACAGUGAUAAACAUUACUUAUGAGCAAUGUAUUGUCUUAAUAUUAGCAUUUUCUCUAUUACAUGUGUUUCUGUUUUUUUGUUUUUAGUUCCUAAUACUUGUAUUGAUUUAGUUUUGCUACCCUAAGAGUGUACCCGUUCAGUAUAUUAAGUAGUUCGAGCAGCCUCUGUUUUUACAUGCUUGCACUAAGCAAUGAACUUGUUUAACAGUUCUUGAUAUAAA